UGCAGACAAAGUCACCAUGCUGCUUCUAGCUGUACUUUACCUCCUUGUUACAAGAUGGACACAUGCACUACCUCUCUAUCCUGACUCCAACCUGGACACACAGUCAAAUUUUCUUCAGAAGCUUGUGUCAGACAAUGCCUCUUACAAUACAGAAGGGGAACAAAUGGAGGUGAAUAAUCUGUAUCCUUUAUUGAUGCAGCACAAUGAGCAAAGACAAUCCUGGAACAAAGGCCCAGAGGAUUCAACACUGCGGGAUAACUAUGCUGACAUGAUUGAAGGUCUUAAGGCAGUGGUUUUGAAGCUGGCCGCAGCCGACAAGCUUCGCUCUCAAGCUUUUGCGAGGUCGGCGCAAGGCUUGCCCAAAACCAACAAAAGAGCAUGUUUCUGGAAGUACUGCGUGACUAAUUAAAUAACAGCGAUGACACCACCACAAGACACCUUCCACAAGUGAAUGAAGAAAAUCUAUUUUUUAAAGUUAUAACAUUUUCUUUUCUGUGACUGAAUAAAGUAUUAGACAAGUGUUGUCUAUAUUAAUUGUGAUAUCUCUACUAAAGCUGCAGCUAUCAGUUUAUUCAUUUAUAUUUAUUUGUUAGAAUCGGUCAAUCACCCAUCGAUUAUCCUAUGG